UAAAAACAGGGUCUAAAGGCAGAGAGAGAAACCUAGUUAGGAUUUUCAUGUUUUUCAGCCUGAAUUUAAAGUCAAGAAAUUGUAUUUACUGUAAAGACACGGCACACUCAUUAGAACCGUUGAUUCCCCAUAAAGACUUGAAUAAAAACGACUCAACUGCAUGAAUAUCGGUCCCUCUGCGGCCCCCGGUGACCCCGGGGCCCUCCCCCGGGGACAGCUGGGUUGCCCGGGCAGGAGUAACUUUGCAGGUGCAUGCACUUGCGCGCAGUGGCGGGUGGGCGGCGCUGCAGGGCCGGCGUGUUAGCGAGUGAAAGGGGAGGAGCAGCACCGGGAGUAAAGUGGCCACACGGUGUGUCAGUCCGUCCAAGCAAUCGCUCCCAUCUCCGAUCCGCCGCCGCGCAGCGAGCACAGAAAGACGCGUUUUGCCAAGUCCUCGGCACCGCUCCACUUGGUGACGUGCGCCGCGGAGCGCAGAGAGGCUACCGACCGACCAGCACGCAGCCGCUGCCCGCUCCUCAGUGUCGCUCCUCCCGCUGUAAGAUGCAACAACAGUCCGUGCGGGAUAGAGACUGUGUCCACGCUUAAGAAGCAGCGUCGCAGCGAAACAAGGACAGACGCCGGGGGACCGGAGCAGCGAGUGGCCGGUUUAGACGGCAAUACUCAAAAGAUCUAAUUUGUCUGUGAUGAGCAUCCACAUCCACCGGAGACCAAAGGUACGGCCUGCCCCUGUUGUUCCCUCUGAGAGGAAGAGGAAGUGAUGUCACGCCACCACCACCGCUUUGAGCGGGACUACCGGGGACCCUGGGAGCGGAGAGACAUCCGUCCCACUGGCCUCCACAAUGGAGGAGCCAAUCAUAGCUGUGCCUCCGCCGUCGUCAAUGGCAACAACCGUCCGGGACUCCUUCCCCUCCCAGUGAUUCCCUCCCUCCUCCCCAUCCCAGCUACAGUUGCCGUGACAACAUCCAGCAGCGACAUCGCGGUCAAACGUGGCAUCACGGCAGCAGGAUCGGUGGCUCCAGCGUCGGCCAAGGUCUCCGGUCUGUCACCUGGAGACAACCAGACCCCAGGACUGCUGCUGGCUCCAGGGGUGAGGUGGGGACAGACGCCCAUAAACCAGCUCACACCGUGGGACACCGACGAGCCCCCUGCCAAGCAACAUCGAGACAGCGAGCCCACCGGUCCCGGGUCCUGGGCUGCACCAGUAGCAGCGGUGAGCCAGCCCAGCCUCCUGCCCCACACCUACGCCCUCCCUCAGCCGCCGUCCUUCAACCACAGUGUGACCGCGCAGUCGCCGAUCAUAGGAGUAACCGCAUCCAUCCAGACACCAGUGCCCCCGCAACACCCGCUCAUGACCGCCCACUUUCAGCUGACGCCGCAGUCGACACAGCAACCGCCCUCGAUGGUCCUGAGCAUGCCCAGCCAGCCUCUGUACCCCUCGGCUCUGCCCACCAUUGCAGCAUCCGCCCUCGCUGCCCAGGCCAACCACGUGGUUCACCGGAGCCCUCACAGCGUAAUGGGCAACGGCCACCUAACCUCUCACCUCAUCCAGCCCCCCGCCCUGCCUCUGACCAAUGGACAGGCAGCAGCAGCGCAGGUCCAAAACACAGCUGCAGACAAUCAGGACGGUCCUAAUGGGCUGCAAAUGCUGCGGACAGUCGGGAUGGGGAAGUACGAGUUCAGUGACCCGGGACAUCCGAAAGAGAUGUUGAAGGAGCUGAACCAACAGCGCAGAGCGAAAGAGUUUACAGACCUGAAAAUAAUUGUUGAAGGCAAAGAGUUUGAAGUCCACCAAAAUGUUCUAGCUUCCUGCAGCUUGUAUUUCAAGGACCUGGUGAAAAGGUCAUCGGGGGAGACGAGGAGCAGGGAGACGCUGGAGCUGAACAUGAGCAACAUCAGCGCCGACGUGCUGGAGCUGCUGCUCGAGUUCGUCUACACGGGAUCCCUGGUCAUCGACUCGGCCAACGCCAAGACGCUGCUGGAGGCUGCCAACAAGUUCCAGUUCAACACCUUCUGCAAAGUCUGUGUGUCCUUCCUAGAGAAACAGCUGACUGCAGCUAACUGUCUCGGAGUGCUGGCCAUGGCCGAAGCCAUGAGUUGCACGGAGCUCCACAACAUGGCCAAAGCUUUUGCACUGCAGAACUUCCCUGAGGUUGCAGGACAGGAGGAGAUUCUUAGUGUUUCCGAGGAGGACCUGGUGGCCUAUCUGUCCAACGACAGUCUAAACACAAAGGCGGAGGAGCUGGUGUAUGAGACGAUCAUCAGAUGGAUCAAACAAGACCCCAACUCCAGAGCACAGCAUUUAUCAGAGCUGUUGGCGGUGGUGCGUCUUCCUUUCAUCCACCCGUCCUACCUGCUGAACGUGGUGGACAAUGAGGAGCUGAUCAAGUCGUCGGAGGCGUGUCGCGAUCUGGUCAACGAAGCCAAGCGUUACCACAUGCUGCCCCACGCGCGGCAGGAGAUGCAGACGCCCAGGACUCGGCCAAGACUUUCUGCUGGUGUAGCAGAGGUGAUUGUUUUGGUGGGAGGGCGUCAGGCUAUCGGGAUGAGCCAGCGCUCGUUGACAGCAGUUACCUGUUUUAACCCGCAGAACAGUAAGUGGUACCCGCUGGCCAGCCUGCCUUUCUACGACCGUGAGUUCUUCAGCGUCAUCUCAGCGGGGGACAACAUCUACCUGUCAGGUGGUACGGAGUCGGGUGUGAUGGUGGCUGACGUAUGGUGCUACAUGUCCCUGUUGGACAACUGGAACCUGGUGUCCCGCAUGACUGUGGCUCGCUGUAAACACAACAGCCUGGUGUACGACGGCAAGCUCUACACCAUAGGAGGACUGGGCGUAUCAGGGAACCUGGACCACGUGGAAAGAUACGACACCAUCACCAACCAAUGGGAAACAGUGUCUCCCCUGCCAAAGCCGGUCCAUUCUGCAGCGGCCACCGUGUGCGGAGGGAAGGUGUACGUGUUCGGCGGCGUGAACGAGGCGGGGCGCUCGGCCGGUGUCCUCCAGUCCUUCGUGCCGCAGAGCAACACCUGGAGUUUCAUCGAAUCUCCCAUGAUAGAUAACAAAUACGCCCCUGCAGUGAGUCUAAAUGGCUUUAUAUUCAUCCUGGGAGGAGCCUAUGCUCGAGCUACCACUAUCUAUGACCCAGACAAAGGCAACAUCAAGGCUGGUCCCAACAUGAAUCACUCUCGGCAGUUCUGCAGUGCUGUGAUCCUGGAUGGGAAGAUCUACGCCACAGGAGGCAUCGUGAGCAGCGAGGGUCCGGCCCUCGGAAACAUGGAAACCUUCGACCCAUGCACCAACACCUGGUCGCUGCUGCAGUCGCUGCCCUGCCCGCUCUUCAGACACGGCUGCGUUGUCAUCAAAAAGUACAUCCAGAGCGGCUGAGGGCAGCUCGCACCCGAUCACACUGGGUCGACGCCAAACACCAGCUGAGCUCCGGUUGAGGGACGAUGCACGACGGCAGCUUAGGGCCGGUCGGUCUGCGACCUCCGGACUUGACGCCAGCAUCCAUCCACCCCGUUACCCGUCCCACCCACUCCCCCAAAACGCCCUGUGCAGAAUGUACUCAUGUUCAACUACUCGGCCAUGUCAGGUGGUGAUGCCUAACUUCCAGUACUGUAUGUGUCAUGGUAGUAGUUCAUCCUCUCAUCCAACAGGCACAGGGACCCUCUUAGAAAGCUUUGUUUUGAAUUAUUUUGAGUUCAGUCUUUUCCAGAUCUCUGUGAACUCACCAACUCCCUGUUUCUUUAACAAACGCAGUCAGCGCAGUGGAAGCCAUCGCAGAUCCACAUUCUUGUCCGUUUGAGUAGAUUUUGUUCUGGCUUUUUAGUCAUUCAUUAGCGCUGAGUUUCUUUGUGGCGUGUGAACAUUUUUUUCAGAAGUGACAUCUACAGGACAGGAAAGGACUCUUUUUCUCUUACUCAGUGGUUUUGACAAGUUUCUUCUCUCUCUACUGCGUCAGGAAGUAAAAUGUCUGCAGCCAGCGUGAGUUUAAGGUCAUUUGAAAAACAGAUAUGAACUUCACGUAACCUGGAUCUUUUAAUGACUUGCUAAACAUAGGAAAGAAAUCCAUAAAAUCUGGGUCAGGUAGAGUUAAAAAGAGAAAACCUUUAUUUUUCAUUAGUAGUUGCAGCCUGAUUGAGAAAUCAUCUGAGUGGCCUGUUUUUCCACUUGAUUUUCACUCAUGCUAUCUGGGAAAAAACUGAUCAAAGAGAGGGGGGGUGAUUUCUCCCUUCCACUGACGUCUGACGAGAUGUUAAAAUUGGGGCUGUUCCUCAGUUAAAAGCACAAUAAUCACCUGUGACUGUUCUCAUUCAACUUAUCCGUUAGUCCAUGUUAAUUUCUUUCUCUCUCUCGCUUUCACCAGUAGCUCCUCCCACCUUCUUUUUGUUUUGUACAAUGUGUUUCAUUGCAACCCACAAAAGAUGUUGGGUUGGUAUUCUGUAAAUACAAGAAGGAAAUAUGUAUAUUUUAAAACCUGAAGGCAAUUCUGUAUAAAUGUUUUUAGAAAAAAAAAAAGGAUAGGUUGGAAUCAAACGGUAUGUCUGUAAAUCUGUACCCAAAAAGAGGAAAUUAACAAUUGUUAUUGAAACCUAAUACAUAUACCAGAACAAGAAA